AUGUUUGAAAUUAAAUUGUGGGAUGCUUACAUGGACAACGUCAAAAGAACAAGUUUUAAAAAGGCUGUUGCUAAAUUUUACGUCAACUUUGACAUGAGCGACCUUAUUAAGUUAAAGUAUUGUCAAGAUAGAACUAAAUUCUGGAAGAAAAUUUUAAUAAAAAUGUCACAAGAUUUUUUUGUGGAAGUACUUUGUGAUAUCAAGGACAGACUCGAGGUGGCUGAAUCUAUAGAUAAUUAUUCUGAAAAAUGUGAAUAUAUUGAAGAUAUUCAAUAUUUAAUGGAUAUAUUAAAAAUAGCUCCUCAAAAUCAGUAUCCUGAGAUUAAAGAAGUUGAAAAAAAAGUUAAUACUUUUAAAAAUGAUAAUAAUUUCUCAAUGACUAAUAGUAGUAUUCCAUCAUGUUCAAAUAAUUUGUAUGAUGAUUCAGAUUAUGUUAUUGAAAAUUUUACUGAUAUUCAAAAUGAGUAUGAAGCUGUAAAAAUUGCCAAAGAUGAUGGUAACAAUAAUGAAUAUAUUAGUGGCCUUGGGGAUGUUGUUACUAGAUUGUUGAAUCUUUAUCAUGCAACAUCGUCUGACCACUGUUUACAUAGUACAAUUUUUGAUUUUUACAUGAAAAUAAGGGGAGAAUUAGAUAAAACUAGUAAUAUUCCAAGAAAUGGGGAAGUUGAAAAGGAAUAUGAUAAAAAUUUGAUUAAUUUGAUUGAUAAAGAAUGUAACAGUUCACAAUCAUAUUUAUCUUCUGAUUCUACCCCAUGGUCAGAUGUCGUUUCAAAAAGGAAAAAAAUCUGUGGUGUUAAAAAUACCAAAACAAUUUCUAUUGCAGAUAGAAUUAGGGAUAAUAUUCCCAUUGAUCCUAGGAUCCCCGGAACUCGAAUUAUAAAAGAAAAAAGUAAGGGCCAUGGAUUUGAGUCAAUAUUUGGAGAGUACAUUCGUCUCCAUAAAAAAGAUAACAGUUAUAGGCCUAUCAAAUCUGUAACUAUAAAAGAUCCCUAUUUGAUUGAGGAUAUACAGGUAAAGAAUAUUCUCGAUUUUUUUAAAUAUUGUUGGAGAAAUAUAAAUACAUUAGAAACUUUUGAAAUUAUUACUGAAGCUCCUAAAAGUAGUAAAAAUAUUGUUAAACUAAAAAAGCAAUAUGGUAAGAGUAAGACUGACAAUCAAAUUGUUAACAUUCUAAGUAACAAAGAUUCAAAAAUACGUUGUUCAAUGUCAGAAAUUGAAAAUCACUGUAAAUCAUCAGGAGUUGACUUCAAUGUUAUUUAUGAAGAAAAUAUUCAUGAAAGAUAUGUAUAUUUUGACAACGGUAUUUUUUGUAGUCUCGAAAGGGGAUUAGAUUUCUACUAUAAUAAUUAUAACAAUUCUAGCAAUCGUAAUGAGUGGAACUGCAAAGCAACAUAUGUAUUCUAUUAUCGUCUUUAA